AUGUCUGCCGCUAGAACCCAGGCUGAGAAGCUCAUCGCCGAGAAUGGCGUCGUCGUCUUUUCCAAGUCCUACUGCCCCUACUGCAAGUCCAGCAAGGACCUGCUGAGAAGCUAUGAUGCCAACUUCACUCUUCUGGAGUUGGAUGAAAUUGAGAAUGGCGCCGCGAUUCAGGACGCCCUCUUCGAGAUCUCCAACCAGCGCACCGUGCCCAACAUCUUCAUCAAGCAGGCCCACAUCGGCGGCAACUCCGACCUCCAGGCCAGGAAGGGCGAUCUCAAGCAGCUGCUGCUCGAGGCGGGUGCUAUUGAAGAAUAA